AAGGAGUUCCUCCCUUCACUGGUCAGGACUUCUCAGGUGUCCUGGUAACCACCGCUCUCAGCUCCCUCCUCGGCUCUCAGGCAGCUGCUUGCCUGGAACUCCUACCCGCACCAAUGCCCAUCCUUUGAGAUACCCCUGCCUGCCUCCCUCCCCUGAUGAGCUGGCCAGGGGACUGCUUAGCAUCAUGAACGACCAGUACCACCGAGCAGCCCGAGAUGGCUAUCUGGACCUGCUAAAGGAAGCCACCAGGAAGGACCUAAACUCGCCCGAUGAGGAUGGCAUGACCCCGACCCUCUGGGCUGCUUAUCACGGCAACUUGGAAGCGCUGAGGCUGAUAGUUAGCAGAGGGGGUGAUCCAGACAAAUGUGACAUCUGGGGGAACACACCUCUUCACCUAGCGGCAGCCAAUGGCCAUCUGAACUGCCUCUCCUUCCUGGUGUCAUUUGGGGCCAACAUCUGGUGCCUGGACAAUGACUACCAUACGCCACUGGACAUGGCUGCCAUGAAGGGACACAUGGAGUGCGUGCGGUACCUAGACUCCAUUGCCGCCAAGCAGAGCAGUCUCAACCCCAAGCUGGUGAGCAAGCUGAAGGACAAGGCUUUCAGAGAUGCAGAGAGGAGGAUCAAGGACUGCGUGAAGAUGCAGAAAAAGCACCACGAGCGGAUGGAGAAGAGGUACAAGAAGGAGAUGUCUGACAACUCCGACACCAUGAGCUUCUCCAGCUACUCCAGCAGCACUCUGAGCAGGAGGUUCCAGCACAUGUCCAUGGUGACGUCCCUGCCAUAUUCCCAAGCCACCCUCCACGGCACAGCCAAGGGCAAGACCAAAAUGCAGAAGAAGCUGGAGAAGAAGAAGCAGGUGGAUGGAACGUUUAAGAUCUACGAGGAUGGGAGGAAAAGUGUGAGGUCCUUGUCGGGCUUGCAGCUGGGGAACGAUGUCAUGUUUGUGAAGCAGGGCACCUAUGCCAGCCCGAAGGAGUGGACCCGGUGCAACAUCAGGGACAUGUUUCUAACGGACGAAGAUACCGUCUCCCGUGCCAUAAGCGACCCAGGUUUGCACAUAGACUCAGCCCACUCGGAGGUCAGCACGGAUUCUGGCCAUGACUCAUUGUUUAACCGGCCUGGGCUCGGCACCAUGGUGUUCCGGAGGAACUACGUCAGCAGCGGGCUCUUUGGGAUCGGCCAGGAGGAUGCCAGCGUGCUGGGCGAGGGCAACCUGGAUGGGGUAGGUGUCAAACUGCGGAGCCGCCUGCAGCGCUCGCCAAGUCUCAACGACAGCAUCGGCAGUGCCAACAGCCUGCAGGAGAGGAACGCAGAGGAGCUGCCCUGGGAGGAGGUGGAGCUGGGCCUGGAUGAUGACAAUGAACCCGAGACCAGUCCCCUGGAGGCCUUCCUGGCUUCCCUGCACAUGUUUGAGUUCAUCUCCAUCCUGAAGAAAGAGAAGAUCGACCUGGAGGCCCUCAUGCUGUGUUCAGACAAUGACCUGAAGAGCAUCAACAUCCCACUGGGGCCUAGGAAAAAGAUAUUGGACGCCAUCCAGAGGAGGAAGCAGACCUUGGAGAGGCCUGAUGUUAUUGCAGACACCGAGCUAUAGCAGUUUUUAUGAACAAGAAACAAAACCAAUUCUAAGUUGCCAGAAAACCCAAACCAGUGACUCCUCCACUAGGACAACUGAAAGCCACAGUGUAGUCCAGUCCCUCCUGACUGACUGCCUCCUUCCCCAUUCUGCUUCCAGCCUGGGGGACUCUGCCCAACAGGAACCUGCUGCUGAGAGGAAUGGUUGAGAUAUGACCUGCCUGACAUUCCAUCUUUGCUGAAUGGAGCUCCUUUAGCCUGCUUGCUAGAGGGGUGACAAGAUCGUCCUAUGCUAUGAAGCUGAUAGGUGAAACUCCAUGUGAUCACAGUUUGACAAAGCACAGGAAGCCAUGGACAAAGAGAACCAUGUGAUACCUUGGAAUGGACCAACAAAUAAAUAAUCAGGACCUCUUGCUUGCCUCUGUUCCUGGCUCUGCUGUUCACUCAGUGUGUGGCUUUGGAGAAGUCAUUUGCAGCCACCUUUUCAAAAGCGAUUGCUGGUUUUUGGUGCCUCAGGUUUUGGGUUCCCAGCUUGAGACCCCAUGGGUCUGAGUCUCACAGCCCCACAGCUCUGAUUUCAUAUAAACUUGGGAGGUUCAGCUCCUCUGAAAAUCAGGCCCUAGAUGUCCCAAAUGGGACAUCCAGAAACGAAGGCACCCCAAAUCAAUGGCACUUUUGAACACAUUGGUCUUUACUGCUCUGUGCCUCAGUUUCCCAUUCUGUAAAAUGGAGAGAGUGCUCCCUGGAGACAAUAAUCCUGUCCUAACUUGCAGGGCUGCUGUGAUGCUUAAGUAAUUAAUGUCUGUAAAGCGCACUGAGAUCCUUGUACGGAAAACACUCCAGAAGUGCAAAGCACAAUUGUUAUUUUUAAUAGAGAUGGAUCCAAACCAAAAACCUGAUUCCGGCACCCCUGAAAUUUGGGUGCUCAAAAUCCCAGCCCAGCUGUGAAUUCCCAUCACUGUCUUUGUAGUGGGCUUAACCAAACCCCGUCACCUGAAUACUCCUGAACUCUGGGUGCAGUCUGAGCCCAGUUUCUUUUGGACAAACGAAACUUGCUUCCAAACACUGUGUUCCUGAGUGAGACAUGAGGAUUUUUCACCCUUAAUAACCCAGAGGGUGAUGAAACAUGGGUGUGUAGGAAUAGGGUAGUAUCCCUUUAAGUAAUUUGUGAGCACCAUAGAGUGUCAAUUGAUACCAAAGAACUGGUAUCAAACAUGUCACCGCAGCUCCUUACCAUCCUGCCACUAGCAGAUCAGUGGAAAGAUUUAUCCAGACAUUCAAGCAAGUGCCUUAUGGCGGAUUUCCUACAGAAAUGCGGCCUACAGACACGGCAGCUCUGGUUAGUUUCUGGUGGCUUCUAAAACACAGAAUUGUGGUGAAGGCUCACAAACUAUUUAAAGGGAUACUACCCUAUUCUGACUUGCCAGUUGCGCUGCUGUUUGUGGAUGUGCCUGAAAGUGCCACUUCCGUGCAUGUGAUAUUUCCAGGAAUUGAUUACAGCAGGAUUGAAAUGAGUGGCCAAAAUGCCCCGCAUAUUCCAAAGGGAAAACCCCUCCCAAUUCUUUUGUCAUGCUUGUGCUGCAAGCCCUGUGUGAUCUGCCUGUUCCUUUGGGUUUGUGGCUCUGGUGGUAUUAAUGGAUUCAGGGAGCUCCAUCCUUGGGAACUUCCAGAAAAGGAGGUAUACGCAGGGGUGGGACCACCAGUAAAAAGGGGUCUCCCAGUGGCAAUUUAUUAGCCAUAUUUGUACCACGACCUGCCUCAUCUUCUAUGAAUUAUACAGGGCUUUAGUGACUAGCUGCACAGUGAGUCCAUCGCCUGCAAACAGAACUCGGAUUCUGCCCUAACUCCCCUCAGGCAGAUAUGAGUCCCAGCAGUGAGGUCUGGCACCUUGAGUCUUUUGAAUAUCGUGACUCAGCCAAGAACAAUUCUGGCAGUAGGCGAGAGGGAUGAAGCUCCAUUUGGCUCUUCCUGGAGCAUGUGCAAAGAAAUGCGGGAUGUUUGAGUGAAGCAAAACAUAAACCUGCACGGAUCAAGACCAGUCAGAGAGGGUUUGCUUUCUAGCUUCCCAUAACCCAGGUUUGGGUUGGGUUUGUGGAGCCCACUCUCAUAGAAGAGGAUGAUGGGAAAUGACCCAAGAAUGGCUGGGUGUGUGGGAACACCGUGAUCAACCGGAGAAGAGUUUGAGGCAGUAGCUAUGAGAUGAUUCCCUCAUGGGUUGGGCUUAGUAACCAAAACAUUUUAAUAGCCAUUUUGUUAUGGACCUAAGCCUCCAAGUUCAGAUCCACAUUUCCCUCAAGUUCAGGGGCGCUCUGCUGUGGGGUUUUGGUUCUGAUCCACACAGCCAGUAUUUGCAAUAAUACCCCUCAUUCCAGUGUUAGCAAGUGGAGCUAGUCAGGCAUUUUCCAAUGAACCGGUUUUAUCUGAAAAUGCUGAUUCAUCCCAACCCAAAACAGCUGGUGGGAAAGGGUCCAUUUCAACUUUUGUUUUUCAACUUGAGAAAAAUUUCGGCAAAAAAUAGUUUCAAAACAUUUUCAAAAUGAGCAAUUCUGGGUAUUUUUAAUUGAAAAAUGGUCUCAUUUAGAAACAAACUAAUCAGAAUAAAAAACAUGUUUUUUAAACAGUCUGAAUUGAAAUGAAACAUCUUGAUUGACCUGAACCGACUUUUCUUUGGUUCAUGAAAAUUUUCCAGAUUUUACCUUUCAUCCCGAUUAGGGACAGGAAAAUUUUCCAAUAUCUCAAAAACAUUCCUGGGGCAGUAAACUCGCUCCAUGGCCACUCUAUCAGCCAGGUCCUUUUUAGUUGCUUGAAAGCCCGUGGCCCUCUGGCUCCUGCUGGAAAGCACGUGUAACCCCUGUAUAGUUCACCUAAGAACUGCACUCCCUGCCGUUUGGUAGUGCUUCUGAUUCAUGGUUUUCCUGGGGCAACCUGGAUUACCUGUUUGACAUGUGACCUUAGGUGACUGCCUGGAGGGAGCUGUUUGGAGCAGCUGGGAUUGGGUCACUCCAGCUCUCUCACAGCUGUUCCUAACUUCCCAGCUGCACCUGCUGUCACUGCCCCUUCCUGGCGCUGCGUGUGUCACUCUGGGACAAGGAUGAGGGUAGAAACCCAGCCAUGCUGUUUGCAAAGUGUAGUGUCCAGUGAGUGUUGUGUUCAGGGCCGGCUCCAGCCACCGGCACAGGAAGCAGGUGCUUGGGGAAGCCAAUGGAAAGGGGCGGCACAUCCAGGUUUUCGGUGGCAAUUCGGCAGCGGGUCCCUCAGUCCCUCUCGGAGUGAAGGACCAGCCGCCAAAGAAUGAAUCUCUUUUAGGGUUUGUCUACAAUGCAAAAAAUGCUGUGUUCUUACCUGGGGUUAGCUAGCUCGGGUUAAAAUAGCAGCAAAGACCGAGAGACUCGAGUUAGCUCCUCUCCUCUCCUUUACAAGCAUGUAGUGGAGUCUGGGGAUGAACGCAAGCUGCUAAGCCAAGUUUUAACUCCUUGUUUUGGCAGUGUAAACAUACUCUCCACCUUUCUUGUCCAUCCGAUGAUACUAAAACUCCCCUGUGGCCCCAGGGGGCUGAAAUGCUUUAAUCACUGAAUAGUUGUAAUGUGCUUGAGGAUGAAAGGAACUCUAAGGAUU